CGGAGCGAUCCGCCAUCCGAGAGACAGCAUCAUACGCUUGACGGAGAGAAGCCGGUGACAACGACUUUACAGCUCAGCGGUGACAGCGCAUAAACAGCGGGAAGAUAUUACAGAGAGACUCUCAUAUUGCACAGUACCGCCAAUGUCUGCAGCGUGAAGAGACAUCACGGAUCGUGGUUCGGCGGGAGUCUAUAUCUGCAGUGUCAGUUGGCGUGAGGUGCUGUGAUUAGUAGUUACGCUACGGACUGUAUAGUGAGUCACUGCAGGUGUACAGUGCUAUGCUGUAAAUGUGCGCAAUACUGCGGUAUCUAUAUACAGUUACCACUGAGUACAGGGGCUUGGAAAACCUGACUGACUAACUUGCACUAGAUAUAUAUAUAUAUACCUUUAUUUCUCUAUUAGACAGUCCACUCUACCGAUACAACAAGUUUAUUUGGGCAUUUUCUGCAAAAUGUGAGUCUGAAAUAUUGAGAGCAUGAGCCGUUCAAGGCAAAGUAUCCUUGGAGAGAUACCCAAGAGCACAGCUAACAGUGCUGCUCUAAACAUCCUCAGAGAGAUACCCAGGGACACAGCUAACAAUGCUGCUCAUGAUAUCGUCAGCCAGAUACCCAAGGGCACAGCUGACUGUGCCCCCCAAAAAAUCGUCAAACAGGUACCCAAGGACAUAGUAAAUGGUGCAAAUCAGAGUGUACUCAAAGAUAUAUUAAAAGUGAAAUCUAUUGGUGCGAGUCAGAGUGACCUUAGAGAGAUCCCCAAAGAUAUAGCUAACAAUGUCAGUCAAUACAUUUUUAAAAAGUUACCCAGAGACACAUCAAAGAGUCAGAAGCAGGUCAAGGAUGAGAGUCCUGGAGAUGAAGCUAAAAGUAUGUGUAAGAAGACACCCCAAACAAUUCCUACAGAACCAGCUAAUGAUAAUGGACAGAAGAUACCUAAGGAGAUGAAAAAAGAUGAAGCUUCCAAUAUGGGGCAGGGUAACCACAGAAGGAUGUCCAGAGACAAAGCUAAAGGUGCCGUUCAGCACAUCAUCCCAGAGAUACCCACAGAUACAGCUUAUGGUGAUGGGCAAAGCAUCCUUAGUGAGAUUACUAAAGACACCGCUUUUGGUGCAAUGCAGAACAUCCUCAGAAAUAUACCCACAGACUCAACUAUUGGGGAUAGACAAACCACAAUCAGCGAGACACCUGAAGACACAGAUAAAACAAAAGAGCCGAGUGUCCACAGAGAGAUAGCCACAGAGACUGCUAAAGAUGCAGGAGAGACCGUCCUCAGAAAGAUUACCAAACAAGCAUCCGAUGUUACAGGCCAGAGCAUCCCUAAAGAAACAACGAAAGGUCCAACAGAUGAAGAGGUUGAGAGCAUUUCCAAUGAGGCACUUAGUGGAGCAGGUCAAAGCAUCUUAAGAGAGUUACACAUUGACAAAUGUAAUGAUGCAUUAGAAAGCACAUAUCCAGAAUUGUCUCAUAAUCACAAUGUGGCAUCCAAAUGCCCUGGAGCUUGUCACAAGGACUCUGAUAACUUUUGGCAGAAGUUUGGUUUCCUGUUAGCUCCAGCUUUCUUGUCUGCACUGUGCUUUGGUAGAUCUGUGCAGGGUGAAUUUGUUCAUGAUGACGUGUGGGCUAUUCUCAAUAACCCUGACAGCCGAGGGGACACUCCUGUGAGCAGCAUCUUCAGCAAUGACUUCUGGGGCAAAGGCAUGAGCGACAACAGUAGCCACAAGUCUUACCGACCCCUUUGUGUUCUGAGCUUCAGACUCAAUGUAUUUUUCUGGGGAAUGGAACCAUUUUAUUUCCAUGCGGUGAAUGUGUUUUUGCAUUGUUUGGUGAGCUCCCUGCUGAUGUUCACCUGCCAUAAGGUUGUAUUUAAAGACAGAAUACUGGCGUUGGCAGCUGCGCUUCUGUUCUCUGCUCAUCCCAUUCAUACUGAGGCCGUUGCUGGCAUUGUGGGAAGAGCUGAUGUGUUGUCGUGCUUACUCUUCCUUUUGAGUUUCCUCUCCUACAUUAGGAGUGUGGAAGUAUGGUCAUCUGAGGACAGAGUCCCUUCUACAACAUCUCCUCUUUUCUUGGUGCUCAGCUUAGUCCUGGGGACCUGCGCAAUGCUGGUUAAAGAGACGGGAGUCACAGUUUUUGGCGUGUGUUUGAUAUAUGAUCUUCUCUGUUUAUGCCCAAAGAGACUUAAAAGGCCUCUGUCUUCAGACCAAGCCAAGCCCAUGUGGUAUGUGGCCAGUCCCUUCCUGAAGAGAGCAGCUUUGGUUUCCUGCCAUGCGACUGUCGUAUUGUAUUUCCGUCUCCGUAUCAUGGGAGGUUCCAUGCCGUUGUUUUCUGAACAAGACAAUCCGGCUUCUUUCUCACCUUACAUCCUCACCAGGCUUCUGACCCACUCCUACCUUUUGGCUUUUAAUGCGUGGCUUAUGCUGGCGCCCAUGACUCUGUGCUAUGACUGGCAAGUGGGCAGCAUCCCUCUGAUUCAUUCCAUGUGGGAUGAACGAAACAUGGCGACUUUCCUUCUUCUGAUGAUCCUGGUGUCAUUGGGCUGGCACUGUCUGUCAGUAUCCAAGAGGAUGGAGCAUCGCGAGCUUCUUGUUGGGCUGCUAUUUCUCAUCUUCCCAUUUAUUCCAGCAAGUAAUCUAUUCUUCAGGGUCGGAUUUGUGGUGGCUGAACGUGUGCUUUACAUGCCCAGCAUGGGUUUCUGCAUCCUGUGUGUGCAAGGGCUGAAGACCUUGCACUCUCGCACUAGUCAACGUAGGUCAUCUGCUCUUACUUCUUGCUUCCUCGUAUUGCUCAUCCUGUACUCCUGGAAGACUGUAACCCAAAGCGAGUGUUGGAAAUCACGAGAAGCACUUUUCAGAUCAGGAGUCCAGACACUUCCUCACAAUGCUAAAGUGCACUAUAACUAUGCCAACUUCUUGAAGGACCAAAACCGGAAAGAUGAAGCUAUUAACCACUACAAGACUGUCUUAAGAUUGUACCCACAACAUCCCAGUGCCCUUAACAACCUUGGUACACUGACGUCUAAUACAACUGCAGCAGAGGAGUAUUACCGCAGGGCUCUAAAUAUUAGUCCACAGCACAGCAGAGCACUCUUCAAUCUGGGCAACCUCCUCAGAACUCUGGGUCGAGAUGAUGAAGCUGAGAUAUUGCUCAAGGAAUCCCUGUCCCAUGGCCCUUAUUUUGCUGAUGCUUAUUCCAGUCUUGGAUCACUAUUGACUGACCAAAAACGACACAAGGAAGCUGAGGAGAUUUAUCAGGACGGAAUAAAAAAUUGCGCUGAUAGCUCCGAUCUACAGAAUAAUUAUGGAGUAUUCCUGGUUGAUGUUGGAUCUCCACAAAAAGCUGUCACUCAUUAUCUUCAUGCUCUGAAACUGCGCCCUGAUCAUCAUGUGGCUAUGCUGAAUUUAGGACGGCUGCACCGUUCUAUUGGUCAGAAUGUGGAGGCGGAAAGAUGGUAUAAAAAAGCUCUGCAGAUAUCUCGUGAUCCUGAUGUAAUCUCCCCUCUCGGAGCUCUCUAUUACAACACAGGACAAUAUAACGAAGCUCUGGUUCUUUACCAAGAAGCUGUGGGUUUGCACCCAGGCAAUUUGCAGUUACACCUGUCACUGGCUCAGGUCUUAAUAGUGAUGAACCAACUUGUGGAAGCUGAAUCUCUCAUUGUUCAGAUGGCAGAGGAGUUUUCCGACUGCACUGAAUGCUACAGGCUCCUCUCAGCCAUUUACUCCAAAGAAGAAAACUAUCCCAAGGCCCUGGAAAUGAUUGAUGCUGCUCUCCAGAUGAAACCUAAAGAUGCAAAAAUUUUAUCUGAACUUCAUUUUGCACGUGGGAACCAACUGAGGGAAUUGAAUCAACUGGAGGAGGCCUUUCAGAGCUACAUGAACGUGGCAGAUCUCAUGCCCAGCCAAGCCCAAGCCUGGAUGAAUAUGGGAGGAAUCAAGCAUAUUCAGGGCGAUUACAGUUCCGCACGAUCUUUCUAUAAGAAAGCAUUGUUAUUGGACCCCAACAGCAAAUUACUGAAGGAAAAUCUGGCCAAACUACAUCGUCUAGAAAACAAAAUACAAACAGGCAAAGGAAAUGACCCAGACCCUGAAAGUGGGCAUCAGAGAUUGUCAGAGCCAGAGAGGGCACCUGGGAGAGUUUAGAAGGAAGAAGACAGAUCUGGUACCCUAAAUGAGUGAGGCUUAAUGGGAAGCUUUGGACCAGUGAGUACAGAAGCAAAGAGCCACAGGAAAAAUAAAAGAUCUCAAGGAGUAGACCUGCAGCUUAGAGAGUGGCUGAGAACCAAAAGGAGAAAUACAGGAGCACUGAUUCCAUCACCCUCCAAAAGUAAUACGUUUCACACAUAAUAAAUGACUGGAAUGAAACAAAAGGACAGUUCAUGAGAUGUUUCAUUACUUUACAAUAUCCUUUGAAUCUCAUAUCAGUGAACUUGUACGUAUGGAAAUUUCACAUCUAUUCCAGUCCUACUUGCUUACCAUUCAUAAUCAGAUAACAAACAUCUGUAUAUAAACUGAUACACAGGACUGAGCGCUGAAGAGCGUGCAUAUUAUUUAGUAUGAAGUGAGAUGGCUCAGAAUCCCAUUCAGAACUGCUGCCAUUUUAACUUGGAACUGAUGGGGGUACACAAGUACAUUAUAGCUUUUCUGGUUUGGAUAUAUAGACAGGUCAUAUGUUCAACUCACAAAGUACAGGCAGCAUGACAAUCAGAAUGCACGAGCUAUGUUUCAGAAAGGCUGUAAUUAAGUGAAACACUUUUUGAUCUCCAAACAAUAUAUAUCUUGUGUAAACACUUAUGGGUACAAUACUGACCCAUAUAUGGAGCAUAUUUGUCAUCAAGCAACGUAGGCAUAUGUCAAGGGGCAACUCCGCUAAGGGGGUGGAGUCUGUCAGGAUGUUCUAUGGAUGCAACUUAUCUAUCAUUGUGUGUGCUGCAAACAUGGAUCCCCAUUACUGACAUUCAAUGGCUAUACCAGGGAAUCACAGCUUGUUUUUAGACAGAAAUUUUUUUAGUCCACAUGCUGGGGGAAAAUAGUGAGAAAAAGACAGAGAGUGCUCAAGUAACUCACACAUUAAGGUACCAGAGAUGCAAUUAUAUACCUGAAUGCUGCAUGUCUCUAGUCAAGCAUGACUUGCUUGCAUUUGAAAAUGUCUAUUAGUAUGUGUGCUGCAUGCUAAAAAAAGGUCUGGCAGCCAAGGGGAUAAUAAUUGUAUCUAUAAGCUCACAGCUGUUACUAGAAGAUGCUAAAACAGAGAAGCAUAACAAUCAGUUACUAAUGGCUUAGAAAUUCCCUAUUUGUUUGAAUAAAUAAUUGAGGCUAUAUAGAUUAGUGAAUCUAAUGAAUCUAUUAAAAUACAGUUAGUGGCAUCUAUAUGUUUCUUGUUUAGGUUCCCUUUAACUAUUUGGUUACCUGAGAGGACUUGUAUUGCUGAUCACCUUGUCAACUAUGUGUUCAAAGCCACAAAUUAAAGGAAUAGUCUAGUCAAAAUUAAACUUUCAUGAUUCAGAUAGAGCAUGCAAUUUUAAGCAACUUUCUAAUGUACUCUUAUUAUCAAUUUUUCCUUGUUCUCUUGGUAUCUUUAUUUGAAUGUAAGCUUAGGCGCCGGACCAUUUUUGGUUCAGCACCUGGGUAGUGCUUGCUGAUUGGUGGCUACAUUUAGACACCAAUCAGAAAGUGCUUCCCAGGUUCUGAACCAAAAAUAGUCCGGUGUUCUGUUAAGG